UUUCGAGAAACAACAGCACCCAAGCCCAAGGGUCCCAUCAUCAGCAUCAUCAUCAUCUUCUUCAUCUCCGACACACACCCGAAAAAAAAAAGUCCAAUCAUUCAAAGUUUCCAAAAUCAAUUUAUUAUUAAAUCCUGCCCAAUGAUUCAUCAACAUCCAUAAAUUUCUCUUUAAAGAGAGACAGAGAAAAAGAAUCCAAUUUUUCUUUUUGACCCGAUUUCUUUGCAUGCUCAUUUCUGGUGCAACCUCAUCGAUCUCGGGGUUUGAGUAAAUCUGAAGAGGGAAGGGUUUUGGGUCGCAGGAAAGGUUCGACUUUUGGGGGGGAAGUGGGAGAAGAUGAGUAACCAGAGGAAGAGAAAUUUUCAGAUAGAAGCUUUCAAGCAUAGGGUUGUCAUAGAUCCGAAAUAUGCCGACAAGACAUGGAAGAUUCUCGAACAUGCUAUUCAUGAGAUUUACAAUCACAACGCCAGUGGUCUCAGCUUUGAAGAGCUUUACAGAAAUGCAUACAAUAUGGUGCUUCACAAAUUCGGUGAGAAGCUGUAUUCAGGACUGGUUGCUACCAUGACUGGACAUCUAAAAGAAAUAGCCAAAUCUGUUGAAGCUGCUCAAGGAGGUUCCUUUCUGGAAGAACUGAACAGAAAAUGGAAUGAUCAUAAUAAGGCAUUGCAAAUGAUUAGAGACAUACUUAUGUACAUGGACAGGACUUAUAUACCAAGCACCCAGAAGACCCCUGUUCAUGAACUCGGCUUGAACCUUUGGAGAGAAAUCGUUAUUUAUUCCAAUCAGAUCAGGAAUCGGUUACUGAACACACUUCUGGAAUUAGUACAUAGUGAACGCACUGGGGAUGUUAUUGAUAGAGGGAUAAUGAGAAAUAUAACAAAGAUGCUCGUGGAUUUGGGUCCUUCUGUUUAUGUGCAUGAAUUUGAACUGCAUUUUCUUCAUGUUUCAGCUGAGUUCUACCGGGUAGAAUCCCAGAAAUUCAUUGAGUGUUGCGAUUGUGGUGAUUAUUUGAAGAAAGCUGAGAGGCGUCUGAAUGAAGAAAUAGAUAGAGUGAGCCAUUACUUGGAUCCCAGGACUGAAAAGAAGAUCACUAAUGUGGUGGAGAAGGAGAUGAUUGAAAAUCACAUGCUUAGAUUAAUCCAUAUGGAGAAUUCUGGAUUGGUACACAUGUUUUCUGAUGAUAAAUAUGAUGAUUUGGGUAGAAUGUAUAAUUUGUUCCGUCGUGUUCCCGAUGGUCUCUCAAAAAUUCGAGAAGUCAUGACUGAACACAUCAAAGAAACCGGCAAGCAGCUUGUUAAUGAUCCUGAAAGGUUGAAGGAUCCUGUAGAAUUCGUGCAGAGGCUCUUAGAUGAGAAGGACAAAUAUGACAAGAUUAUCAACUUUGCAUUUAACAAUGACAAAUCUUUCCAGAAUGCUUUGAAUUCCUCCUUUGAAUAUUUCAUUAACUUGAACCCUCGAUCUCCAGAGUUUAUUUCGCUGUUUGUUGAUGAUAAACUUCGUAAAGGUCUGAAAGGGGUUAGUGAGGAUGAUGUAGAGGUUACCCUUGACAAGGUGAUGAUGCUAUUCCGUUACUUGCAAGAAAAGGAUGUUUUUGAGAAGUAUUACAAACAGCAUCUGGCAAAGCGACUUCUGUCAGGAAAAACCGUUUCUGAUGAUGCAGAGAGAAGUCUCAUAGUUAAGCUCAAGACGGAAUGUGGUUACCAGUUUACAUCCAAAUUAGAGGGCAUGUUUACAGACAUGAAAACCUCCCAGGACACUAUGCAGGGCUUUUAUGCCAGCCACCCCGAACUUGUUGAUGGUCCUACACUUACUGUACAGGUCCUGACAACUGGGUCGUGGCCAACUCAGUCCAGUGUUACGUGCAACCUGCCAGCCGAAAUGUCUGCCCUUUGUGAGAAGUUUCGAUCAUAUUACCUCGGAACCCACACCGGCCGGAGAUUGUCCUGGCAAACUAAUAUGGGCACUGCAGACUUAAAAGCAACCUUUGGGAAAGGUCAGAAGCAUGAGCUAAACGUAUCCACUUACCAAAUGUGUGUUCUUAUGCUUUUUAAUAAUGCGGACAGACUUAGCUACAAGGAGAUUGAGCAAGCGACUGAGAUUCCUGCUUCAGAUCUUAAGAGAUGCCUGCAAUCGUUGGCUUUAGUUAAAGGAAGAAAUGUCCUUAGGAAAGAGCCUAUGAGUAAAGAUGUUGGGGAGGAUGAUGCAUUCUUUGUUAAUGACAAGUUCAGUAGCAAACUAUACAAGGUGAAAAUAGGAACUGUAGUUGCACAAAAGGAAUCGGAGCCUGAGAAACAGGAAACUCGACAGAGAGUGGAGGAGGACCGGAAGCCACAGAUUGAAGCAGCCAUAGUGAGGAUCAUGAAAUCUAGGAAGCAACUUGAUCAUAAUAACCUUAUAGCCGAGGUCACAAAGCAGUUGCAAUCACGAUUUCUUGCGAACCCAACCGAGGUAAAGAAACGGAUAGAGUCCCUGAUUGAACGGGACUUUUUGGAGAGGGAUGAAAAUGACAGAAAACUGUAUCGGUAUCUUGCCUAGAAUUGGUGAACUCUUUUGUUUUAGUUUGAGUUACAGUGACCCAGAUGUUGUAUCUUUAUAAACUAGGUGAGAAACUUGCCCUUUAAUAGCUCCAUUGAUUUUCAAUGUAUAUUGAUUUGUUUUUCCCCCUCCA